AUGGCUUCUCGUGCUGCAGUGUCGAAGUUAUUUGCAAGAAGGGCCAGCUCGGCAUCGCGUCGUUCCCUUUCUAGUUUCCCUGACUAUGUACUCCGCGCUCCAAGUACUGAUGUCUCCACUUUGGAUAAUGGUUUGCGAGUUGGGUCUGAAACAGUUGCUGGCAGUGAAACUGCGACAGUUGGCGUCUGGAUUGAUGCUGGCUCUCGCUACGAGACUGCAGCAAAUAACGGCACCGCCCACUUUUUGGAGCACAUGGCUUUCAAAGGUACUUCCAAGCGAACACAACAGCAAUUGGAAAUUGAGAUUGAAAACAUGGGUGGUCACUUGAAUGCGUACACUUCUCGGGAACAGACUGCUUACUUUGCAAAGGUUUUCAAAAAGGACGUUGGUAAGGCCGUAGAGAUCAUCUCUGACAUCCUUCUCAAUUCAAAGAUGGAAGAAGCAGCAAUUGACCGGGAACGUGAGGUGAUCCUAAGGGAAAUGUCAGAAGUGAACAAGAAUCAAGAGGAAUUGGUUCUUGAUCACUUGCAUGCUACAGCAUUCCAAGGAACCUCUCUUGGGCGCACAAUUCUGGGUUCUGAGGAGAACAUUCGUAGCCUCACUCGCCAAGACCUCUCUGACUAUAUCCAAACCCACUACACUGCACCAAAGAUGGUUGUUGCAGGUGCUGGAGCAAUCGACCAUGAAGAGCUCUGUGGAUUGGCUGGGGAACAUUUUGGAAGCCUUCCAUCUGCCCCCAAAAAUGGAGUUGACGUUGCCAUGGAACCAGCAGUUUUCACCGGAUCCGACUAUCGUGUGAAAUUCAACUCUGAGGACGUUGCACACCUCGCAAUUGCUUUCCCAACAGCUUCUUGGACAUCUGAACAUGCCUUCCCUUUGAUGCUCAUGCAAAUGAUGCUUGGAUCGUAUGAUCGCGGACACGGAAUGGGCAAGAACCAUGCUUCGAACUUGUGCCAAGAUGUUGCUGAGAACGAGCUGGCCUACUCUCUCAACACCUUCAACACAUGCUACAAAGACACUGGUCUUUUCGGGGUGUAUGCUGUUGCCCCCGAUAACAAGGUCGAUGAUAUUUCGUGGUACAUCAUGAACAACCUCAUCAGAUUGGUUCAUACCCCGUCGGAUGCUGAAGUGGAACGUGCCAAGGUCAGCUUGAAGGCUUCCAUGCUGAUGAACAUGGAUGGCCACAACAAUGUUGCUGAGGAGAUUGGUCGGUCCUUGUUGAACUAUGGUCGACGAAUGACCCCAGCUGAGAUCUUUUCUAGAAUCGAUUCUGUCACCACUUCUGAUAUUCGAGCGACUGCUGCAAAGUUCUUUAAUGAUCAAGAUUUGGCAAUUGCAGCUGUCGGAGGAAUUCACGAACUCCCCGAUUAUACUUGGUUUCGCCGUCACUCUUACUGGUUGCGUUACUAA